GAGACCCGCGACCGCCAACACGCUUUCGUGACGCCCACUCUCGCUCCGAACCGCCGACGCACACCACGCGAAUAUCCACUUGUGUUGUGCGCCACUUGCGAGUUGCGCGCCCUUUCUCUCACGCAGUGUGAUCGUGCUUCGGUACGUGAAUGCAAAACCGGACUACUCUCUUAACACGAGACACCGACAAGGAAUCACCAGCCGUCAGGACCUCUGCAUAUUCCAACAGCCGCCGAGGGCUGGCCUGCCACUCGCCCGGACCCCGCCACCCGCCCGCGGGGCUUCAUUCUACGGUCUCCGAUAAGGACAAACACGUAGGCACCAGGAGGUAACACGGCAUGACUGCUACGCACGGUGGCGGACGAGAAGACGACCGUCCGGACAAAGAUACCAUAUACACCAUCAAAACUGGCUUCAAAAAUGACGGCUACCAACACGACCGGGAUUCCAACGACGACAUCGUUAAACCACCGCCACUUCCGACGGAAGACGACAACUACCCAUCUGGAAAAGUGAAGCUAACGUUAAAUGAAAAAUGGAGAAUAUUAAAGAACAUUGCUGCGGUAUCAUGCGCGUUCAUGGUACAGUUCACCGCUUUUCAAGGAACCGCCAAUCUCCAAUCGUCGAUAAACGCCACCGAUGGCCUUGGGACGGUUUCGUUAAGCUCGAUAUACGCGGCCCUCGUGGUAUCUUGUAUAUUUGUACCCACAUUCUUGAUUAAGAGGCUAACAGUCAAAUGGACGCUGUGCGUCUCUAUGCUUUGCUACGCGCCAUACAUUGGCGCGCAGUUCUACCCAGCAUUCUACACAUUAGUUCCUGCCGGCAUCGUAGCAGGGUUGGGCGCAGCCCCUAUGUGGACUUCCAAGGCUACAUACCUGACGCAGGCUGGAAGUGUGUACGCAAAACUGACGGACCAAGCGGUGGACGGAAUCAUCGUACGGUUCUUCGGAUUCUUCUUCCUGGCGUGGCAGACUGCCGAGCUCUGGGGAAAUUUGAUCUCAAGUUUGGUAUUCUCAUCUGGAGUGCAUAGUGGGAACACCACGCACAUCAACGCGAGCCAGAGCUUCCUGAAGUGCGGUGCCAACUUCUGCAUGAUCGGCGGCAUCGACCAGGACAAGAACCACAACCUGAACAGGCCGCCCAAUGACGAAAUCUACAAGAUCAGCGCCAUCUACUUGGCGUGUGUUAUGGUGGCUGUGCUCAUGGUCGCACUACUUGUUGACCCACUGUCCAGGUACGGUGAGAAACAGAGGAAGUCGGAUCCAUCAAAGGAAUUGACCGGUAUUCAGCUACUUUCCGCCACCGCGUACCAGCUCAAGAAACCGAACCAGCAACUACUUAUCCCGAUCACUCUCUGGAUUGGUAUGGAACAAGCCUUUAUUGGGGCAGAUUACACACAGGCAUACGUCUCGUGCGCGCUCGGCAUCCACUCGAUCGGUUAUGUGAUGAUCUGCUUCGGCGUGGUGAACGCGCUGUGCUCGCUGGUCUUCGGGUCUGCCAUGAAGUACAUCGGAAGGUUCCCGAUCCUCGUGAUGGGCGCGGCCCUCCACCUCGGCCUGAUCGUGUGGCUCCUCAUCUGGAUGCCGAACCCCAACUCCCCUACGGUAUUCUUCGUCAUCUCCGGCCUGUGGGGAGUCGGUGAUGCUGUGUGGCAGACUCAAAUCAAUGGUCUUUACGGAGUGCUGUUCAGACGCAACAAGGAGGCUGCCUUCUCCAACUUCAGGCUGUGGGAGAGCGCUGGCUUUGUGGUGGCAUACGCGUAUUCCACCCACCUGUGCGCCCGCAUGAAGUUGUACGUGAUGAUGGUGGUGCUGCUCGUCGGCGUGAUCGGCUAUAUCAUCGUGGAGAUACUUCACAAGAGAAAGGCUCGCCGCCUGAAAGCCAUCGCCGAAGAUCCCGUUGUAGCCGCCGAAGCCGCCAAGCAACCACCUGAAGAAGACGACGAGAAGGACGAGAUUGACGACGAAAUCGUCAUCACGCAUCUUUAAAUCAAAGUCGGUGCCCGUAUUCUGAGUCGUGCCUUAAAACCCCACAUCACAAGAUGAUAACAACAUAGGUAGUUAAUAAGUAUCCCAUGUAGAUAUUCUACAUGAAAAUAAAUCAUCUACAGUUUUUUUCCGCUCAGAAUGCGGAUGGGAGAAUCAGACCUCACCGCCCUACGCUAUGAUACGAGCUUGUGAUACAUCUGCCUAGCUCAAUACUAAAUUAUACAAAACUGAAUAACUUUUUAGUCUUAGUCUUGGCAGAUAAACCAAUUAAGUUGAGUAUCCAAUUCACAGUAUUGAACUAAAAGUAGUAAAAUACUUGCAUCCACAUUUACAGUACGCGUCUGGUCGUGCAUUAAUAUUGCCAUAAUAGGUACAUUAAAUCCAUUUGUAGGUACAAAACAAAAUAUCCUAAUAUUCCCACUGUAUCUCGAAUUUGAUAAGAUCUAUUUAUGUAUCCAAUAGUUAAGUGGUUAGAGUCAAAUUUUGUGAAAAUUUUAAAGACUUACAAGUACAAAACAUUUUACGUUGACUGUCUAUGUACGGUGCGCCCUUAAAAUUUUAUUUGAUUAAUGUGUAGUUACUGAAUUGUAUGCUGUUGUUGAUAAUGUAAUGUUUUGGCCAUAUUAACUAAUUAAGUUUAUUAAAAUUUUACAUGGAUUAACUGUUCUGGUUAGUCAAUCAGAUUGAUACGAUAGAUACCCUUUACUUUGUACGGUAAGUGAGUUAGCUGCAACGCACUCGCUUGUCGCUACACUCGCAUUACCAGAAGGGUGUCGACAGUCGCCCACGCACGCGCGUCAAUGUAUUUAUUUAUCAUAUUGAGUAAAACAUCUGUGUUUAUUGUUAUGUUAUUCGUAAUUACGCGCUUUUGUCUUAUAUUUGACUCUGUAGCCUUUAGUACUGUUUGACUCUUUAUUGUAAUGUAAGAUAACAAUAACGUGUAAGUUUGAGAAAAUACAGGAAACCAAUAUAAUUGCAACAAAACACGAGUGUGUCAUGGCUGCAACGAAAUACAGUCUCUUUUAGUCCAGUCAAUAAAGUAU